AUAUCGGGUUGUAUCCGGAUUUCAAUUUCUCCUCCCUACCUUUUCCCUUACUCGCAGUUUCUUCCGGAACUUCAUCUUCAUAGCCGUCGAUGGAGGUCGCCACCGCCGCAUCGUCUACGUUCGCGCUUCACUCGCGUAUGCUAUCACCAUCCGCCUCCGCUCGAGCGUUUAACCUUAACCGAAGCCUAAAGGCCUCUCUUACCACCAGCUUUCCAUCGCCCUUCGCCUCCUCCGGCAGCGGCUCUGCAGAAUUUUCUGGACACACGCUUCGUCCUGAGCCUCUCAAUCCGGCUUCCCUCAGCUGGUCCAAACCGAAACGAAGUGUCGUAACCAAUGUCAUUCCAUUUACGAAAGGAAGUGCAUGGGAGCAACCUCCACCGGACUUAGCAUCAUACUUGUUCAAGAACCGGAUCGUUUACUUGGGCAUGCCUCUUGUCCCUUCUGUCACGGAGUUGAUGAUGGCAGAAUUUCUUUACCUGCAGUAUGAAGAUGAGAAGAAGCCGAUUUACAUGUACAUAAACUCAACUGGAACCCAAAAGGGUGGUCAGAAACUGGGUUAUGAGACUGAGGCGUUUGCAGUUUAUGAUGCCAUGAGCUAUGUAAAGGCACCUAUUUUUACUCUCUGUGUUGGAAAUGCUUGGGGAGAAGCAGCUAUGCUUUUGGCUGCUGGUGCAAAAGGAAAUCGUUCUGCCCUGCCUUCAUCCACAAUAAUGAUAAGGCAGCCAAUUGCUAGGCUUCAAGGUCAGGCAACAGAUGUCGACAUAGCAAGAAGGGAAUUAAGGAAUGUGAAGAUAGAGUUGAUUAAUCUCUUGGCAAAGCAUACUGGAAAAUCACCUGAGCAGAUUGAAGCUGAUAGCAGGCGCCCAAAAUACUUUGCACCUAGUGAGGCAGUUGAAUAUGGCAUCAUAGAUAAGGUAUUGUACAACGAAAAAAGCACCAAAGACCGAGGUGUUGUCGCAGACCUGAAAAAGGCACAACUUAUUUGACUAUUGAAAAACUUGGUUGGUGAUUGUUCUAGUGUUCGGGGACGUUGUACUAUGCAUUGAACUGGGGCUCAAGUUGCUAAGAAUGGUCCUGCUCUAUAUUGCAGAUGAAGACAUGGAAAUGUAAUAAUCCAAUGCGAUGUUUUCUUAGAUAAUUUAGGGCACGUGGAUGCCUGCAUCUACUUGUAAAAUGAUAACAACAUUUUUAUCUUCGUUUUAAACACAAAAAAAAAAAGAGAAAAAGAUUAUGAUGAAUUUUUUUUUGUAACUCAAGUGAUUGUUUGCAGUUUGUUUUGGUACUUAAAAUGGUGCAU